UUCGUUGUCUCGUUCACGCUCAUAUCUCAUCGCGACGUGUUCUGAAAAAUGCACCGUCUGUCCUCAGUGCUCGUCAUAUGUUUAGUAACAAAAACAACGUUUGCUACUUUUAGAGGAAGUGAUUCUGGAUGGCAUGGAGUGUCUAAUUAUGGAGCUACAAAUUAUGAUUCCAGCAUCAAUAACGCACAGAUUCAUCAAGAUCUCUCAUCUUUUAGACCGUUUUCCUCUUUCGAAAAUAGCGGUGAUUUUCACGCAGAAUUAGACCAAAAAUUAAAUAUGGGGAAUGUUCAUACAUUCUCUCAACCUAUAUCGAUCAGCGAACAUGUAGAAGUUACGAAACCAUUGGUAGUGCCAAUCGUAAAGAACAUUGGAGUUCCAGUGGCACAGCCGGUGGCAAUUCCCGUGCCUCAUCCAGUAGCAGUAACUGUUGCUCAGCCCUAUCCGGUUCAAGUUCCAGUCGCACAGCCUAUCCCUGUACCGGUCAUGAAAACCAUCGCGAUUCCGGUCGAGAAGAAGGUGCCAUAUCCGAUAGAGAAAAUCAUACCAGUGCCCGUGGAAAAGCUGAUGCCAGUAACUAUAGAAAAGCACGUGCCUGUUCCAAUAGAGGCACCAUAUCCGAUUCAUAUACCAGUUUACAAACAUAUUUUCCAUCGGAGAACGAGGAAAUAUCGCCGUCGUCGAGUAUAUUAAAGAAAGUGCUAUAACAAUUAGAUGAGAUUUUAGAGAGAUAUGAAUAAUUUUUGUUUUGUGAAGCAUAUUCAUGAAGCCAGUCGACAUUGAAUGUGAUGCUGUAGCAAGUUGCCAUGAUUAUUUUCUCUUGAGUUAUAGAUACUGCCAAACAAGAGAUUCGUCGUUGUUGAUAAUACCAGAGAUCAAUGUUUAUUUUUUUCGUACGUGUUUUCUUAUAGCGCUAAUUUUAUUAUAGUUGUUAAGAGAUGUAUAUAUGCGUUGUUUAUUUGUUGCCAAAUAACAAUCUUAUUUAAUAAAGAAAA